AAGAGCUAAAAGUUGGCGCGUAAAGAGAGGGAGUGUGGUUUGUUUAUUUAUAAACUUACGAAGCUUGAACUGUUUCAAGUCGAAGACCUAGUGUAAAAUUAAAUUACGAAAUGGGAAUUACAGGCCUAACAAAAUUAUUGGGCGAUCAUGCGCCAGCUUCUAUGAAAGAAAAUGAGAUAAAGAAUUUUUUUGGUAGGCCUAUUUAUUAAUUAUUUAAAUCAAAGCCUAUUGUUUUGUACAGCUAAGUCAGUAUUGAGUGUUGCUUGUUUACAAAUUACUGUUUGAACUGUCACUGUUUACAGUUGUAGUAGUGUUUAUUUUAAGAAUGAGAAUGUCUUUUUAGGUUAAUUGAAUUGUUUAACUGUUAAUUCGGUAGCCGUUAAUUCAUUUCGUUUAUAUAUAUAUAUUAUAUAUAUAAUAUAUAUAUAUUAAAAUUACUUCCGUUCUGGUAACUGGUAAUGUUUUUUUGCUGCAAGUCAGUGCAUCCAAAUCCAUGUACUUGUACUUGUACUGGCAUCUUUGCAACAGUUGUUGAUAUGAUGUUGCUAUUCUAACAGCUCCUAGCUGAAGCAAGGGCAGCCUUGAAACUUUCAACAGAUGUGGAGUUCACAGUGGCAUCGUUCAGGUGGUUCCAUGCUAUUAUUGUGCGUGGGAAGAAAGAUUGUUGAUACUGCACUGUGUUGCACUGAGGCACUUUGAAGCAUUUGCUAAUGUUUCUGGUGUAAUUGUUUAUGGGAAUGUCAGUGGUGAAGUCAGUGUUCAGUGAGCGUUUUGCUCUGAUCAGUCUACCUGGCUUCUGUGGGAUGAGGUACGUGCCUGCUGGGAUGGCUGGCACUAGUUCCAUGAUCACUUUAUAUAAGAAUAUCAGGCGGAGUCCCUCUCAUCUGUUUUUAAGGGGGAUGGGGGGAUCUCAAAUCUUUUUAAGAGGCCAGUGAUGAAGCCAGGAGUGGUGGAUUUGUAGUCUCGAGCGAUAAAACGCACCACAUUACGUUGAAUUCGCUCCAUCGUGUCCAUGUCUUGUUUAAGGUGUGGGUCCCAUAUGAUCGCACCAUAUUCCAGUACUGGGUGGACGAGUGCGAGAUAGGCAUUUUGUAUGCAGGAAGUUGGGCAGUGGCGCAGAUUUCUUCAGAUGAAACCUAGGGUGGAGUUGGCUUUUUUUUUAAAUUUUGUUUAUAUGGGGUGACCAUUUUAGGUUAUUUAAGAAGAGAAUUCCAAGGUAUGGAUUAUUGGAUACUUGUUGGAGGAUUGUCUUGUUUAGUGAGUAAAUAUGAGUUGAUGUUUUUUUUCUUUAGAUUGUCAUAGUGUGUAGCAUUUGGUUUCAUUAAAUUUCAUGCCCCUUUUGUCCGCCCAAUUCAUAAGGCACUUCAAAUCUGUUUGGAGGUGGUGGUGGUCAUUGUUGCUGUUUAUCUCUCUGUAGAUAAGUCUGUCGUCAGCAAACAGCCGCACUUGAGAAUUUACUGUAUCGGGUAGGUCGUUUACGUGACAGAGAAAGAGAAGGGGGCCCAGCACUGUGCCUUGUGGAACUCCUGAGUCUACGGUGGCUUUCCCUGAUUGGACGCCGUCCACCACUACAUGGUACGUUGUGUUAGGAAUGUUGAGAGUCCGGAGUGAAGAUUGCCUGUAAUGCCGUAGUGGUGGAGCUUAUGUAGAAGAAGGCUGUGUGGAACAGUGUCCAAAGCCUUGGAGAAGUCGAGAAUUGCCAUGUCGACCUGGGUACCUUUGUCAUAGGAGGCUAGGAGGUCAUUGGUGGUUUUGAUUAAUUGGUUUACCGUUCCAUUUUUUUUCUUAGGUUUUCCCUUACAUUUUCACUUAUUAUUAAUAUUAAUAAGGAUUGUUUCCUUUGCCUUUUAUAUUAGUAUUACUUUUACCAUUAUUAAUUAUUAUUGAUUGUGAGAGUGUGGGUUAAUAGUCUUAGGAGGCUUCCAAUACUUCCAUUAAUUAUGUCAACAAAAGCGGGCUGGGGGGUUGGAUAUGUUUGACAGCUGUUGACAAGGGGGGAAAAAAGGGUGGGGGGUUAUAUUCAGAUUAGAUUAAUGUGUGUCUGUCUGUGCACUACACGGACUAAAGAUGGCUGGUCAGAAUGUUAGCACACUUGGUGCAAGACAAGUCACAAGUUCUUCACCUGUAGAUUCUUUGUCCCAAAUGACUAGGUCGGUAUCAUGUAUGUUUGCAAGAAGAUAGAGAGAGAUUGUCAUGGCUUAUGUCAAUUAUUGCUUCUAUUUUAAGUGCUGAGUGGUUUGAUGAGGAUGAUGUUGACUUGUCUGGUAUUUCAGUUCAACAAGCUGAAAAUGAUAAAUUAGCUGCUAAAGACUAUUAUGCCCAUCAGGGGCGUCAUUUCAGGUUUUUUUUAAGAGUGAGGGGCAAAACCAAAAAUUUGUUGGCUUAUUAUGUUAUAACUGGAGGCGCCACAGUACAUUGCAAUUUAAAUGAAACCUUCAAGGGGGGGGGGGGGGGGAUAUAUCAACACCUGGCUACUUCAUGGGAAGAUAAUAGCAGCUAGAAACUAUUCUAUAAUUGUCAACUAUAUUGACAAUAAUCAUAUGUCCACUUCCAGAAACAAGGAAAGGUAGUUUCAGACCUGUUAACUCUUACGAUUUUGGCGUACAAUGUAUGAUUUUUAGAUGUUUUAUACGAUUGUACGCCAAGACCCACCAAAACUACAAUUUUCAGAGUGUACGCACUGAGAGGGGAGGUGGGGGUUGUUGAAAAAGGAGAACGCUUGGGUAGGGGGAUUUGUGGGAAUGUCAAAGUCUAUAAAAAUAACAACGUAUCUAUUGAGCUAGCUGCCUCAACUGUAAUAUUUAGACUAGUCGCCCUAGCUGCAACAUCACACACACCCCCCCCCCCUCAUGUUCUUUGACUGCGACCAAGAAUGUAAAGUAGUUGUUACAUAAUUAUUUUGUUUGUCUGAACUGGAGGAGUGGUGAAAACCGUUGCCACUUUUUCUUUUCUGUAACUUCAUAAUAUACAAAUAGAUUUUAUUUUAAUUUGGUGGGGGGGGGGUACCGAAAGCUCAUUGUAACGUAAUAGUUGGGAAAAGCCUUUGUUAAAAAUAUUUUUUUCCAAAAAAGUAUGCUUGCAACAGUGGGGUGGGGGUUAGAUAAUUUGACUUUUAUUCAUACCGGUACACGCUAUAUAGAUGCCACCCCCCCUCCCAAUCGAGUUUAUUUGCUUUGUAUGACCUAAUUUUAUCACAUACCGGUAUCUAUUCCUUGCAGCUGACCGCGGAGAGUACAUAUUUCAUAGGAUAUGAGAGCAGGGUUUCUUUCAGCUAUAUCUCGGGGGGGGGUGGGGGAGAGGCAGCUCGCGGGCGGUAUGUCUGCAGGCCUGGUAUAUAGUAUAGAGUUAUAGUGGGAACAUCAGUGUUUCCCAAACUUUUAAGUUUGGCGGAUUGGUGGACAAGUUUCAAAACUGCACCAAUAUAUUUUUAACUCAACUUUUCUCUCUAUCCAUUUCUCCAUCCUUUAGACCAGUGGUUCUCAAUCUGUGGGUUGUGACCCCUUUGGGGGGUCGAACAACCCUUACACAGGGGUCCCCUAAGACCAUUGGAAAACACAUUUUUAUGAAGCGGCAAAGAAAAUAAUUUUAUGGUUAGGGGUCACUGCCAGAUGAGGAACUGUAUUAAAUGGACACUGCAUUAAGAAGGUUGAGAACCACUGCUCUAGACAGUAGAAAUGUUUCCCAGCAGAUAGUUAAACUUCUAGUUUUGACAGAGAAGCUGACCACUGAUAUUUAUGUCCAUUUCUUUUGAGUGUUACAUACAGUUAUAAGGUUUUAACAAUCAAAUAUGUUUUACGGAUUUGGCUAGUUAGAAGAACAAUAAGUAACAGAGAACUGAAACCAAUGUACUAAGAAAAUGCUUCCAAAGCUAGUGAGCUCAAAUUUAUCGAUACUAACAAUUCUAAUAUCAUAUCUACAAAAUCGAAUAAAUAGAAAUGAGAAAAGGAGAAAAACAAAGCCAAAUAUUAAAACAUAUUAAAUUUGUUAAACCUUAUAAUGGUAAGUAACAGACAUGAACUUUCUUUAAGAUUUAGACAACUGUCUGCCAGCAGGCCGCUCAUUAUCAUACUCUAAAUAUAUUUAUAUACAAUGCAUAAUGUGACCCUUUUUUUUUUUUUUCAAAUUUAAAAUCUUUUUUCGUUCCAUUGAUUAAUAUAUGUUCACACUGUGACUUACAUAAUCUUUAGUGCUAUUCAUUAUCUGGCUAUAUUUAUUUUAUUUUCAUCCGUGACUCCUAAAACAUUUUCUAAAAAAGACUUUAUCUUAAUAAGUUACAUUAUUUUAUUUUAUUUAAUUUCAAUUUUAAUGCUAUUCAGGUAGAAAAGUUGCUAUUGAUGCAUCUAUGAGCAUCUACCAGUUUUUGAUAGCAGUCAGGCAAGAUGGCUCACAGCUUACAAAUGAAGAAGGAGAGACCACCAGGUCAACAAUGUUUAUUUUUUAAUAUUCGAGGUUAUUGUUUUUCUCUCUCUCUCUCUCUGAAUGCUGAUAUACAUAAUUUUGUACAAAUUAUUGUAGCACCUCAUUAUUGUCACCCAUAGCUGGCAUUAAGAAUUUAGAUAUUGGAUAUUCCAUGAAUCAAUUUCUUUGGACAAAUGACAACAUUAUCAAUAUUAUGUAACAUUAAGAAAACUAAGUGGAGAUGGAUUUGAAAAAAAAUAUUCUAGCAGGAAAAAAGCACCUUCACAAAAAUUUGUUGAAAAUGUUUUGAAAUUAAUGAAUAUUCUGAUUCUUAUUUUUAACAGAUGAAAAGACUAAUAUUAAAAAUAAUUUGGGGUACGAGCAAGCAUGAUUGUAAAAUCAAAUGAGCCAAUGACUUUUAAGUCAUAUAAAAUUGCAGAUAUUUAAGAGAUUUCUUUAAUUACAUUUAAGUUAAUUAGUGUUCAAUUAAAAAAUAUAGAAAUCCAGUUUGUUUCAAUUUUAAAAUGAGUUGGCACUUUAUUAAGGGUGUGAAACUUAUUCUUACUAAGAGGGGACGCGAGACUAAAAAAAAGUAGUAUGGUUUAUGUUGUUUAGAAUAAGUGAUCAAAAGUUUUCAUAAAAUAUUUGUAAAAUCUAUACCAUUAAAAAAACAAUUGACCCUUUAAGGUAAUUUCCUUUGCAGCCAUCUUAUGGGAAUGUUUUAUCGUACAAUAAGAAUGGUUGAAAGUGGUAUCAAGCCAGUUUAUGUAUUUGAUGGGAAACCUCCUGAAAUGAAAUCAGGCGAGGUAAUAUUCUUAUUUUACCAUUAUUUCUUUUUCAUCUUAACAUUCUGGAUAAGAACUUGAAAAUUAACUUUACUUGAGAGGUUGUCAAAUAUAUUGAUUUUUUAAAACAAUUUAUGUUUAUCUAGUGAUGAGAAGGUUAAUCUAUACUUUUUUUUUUACUGUUUUUCCUAUUCAUAAAUUUCCCACAGUUUAUUGAUUUGCAACUAAAUAUCACUUUAAUUAAUUAAAAUUAAAGCAUUAAAAAACUAAGGAAUUCAUUAAUAUAUUUACAGCUUGCUAAAAGAAAAGAAAAGAGAGAUGACGCACAAAAAGAACUAGAAAAGGCAGAGGAAGCAGGUAAUUUUUUUAAAAAGCGUAGCUUAUUCAAGGUAUUUUGAGCAUGCUAUAACAUUUUUAGUAUUUGUAUUAUUAUGGUUUAUUUUCAGUUGGAAUUUAGUACUGCUGUUUUCGACCAAUAUUAGAAUUUUAAUUUUAGUUAGUUUACUUUUUUUUUAAAUAUAAAAAUCUUACAAUUCUUGGAUGGUAGUUUAAAAUGACAUUUAAAAUAUUUCUAGGUGAUGAAGAGAAUGUUGAAAAAUUCAGUCGUCGCUUGGUUAAAGUUACAAAAGAACAUAAUGACGAUUGUAAAAAGUUGCUGACACUCAUGGGUAUUCCUUAUGUUGAGGUGAUUGAAUUUAUUGUUGUUUUAUUUUGAGUUGCUGUAAUCUACUGGUUUGGCCAUAAAUCACAGGACUUUUUAACGACAGAUCUGGUUUUAUGUUUAAGCGAAUGCUAACUAGAUGUCAGAUGUAAAUUGUAUGGUUCUGUGGUGAGAUGUAAUUUGUGACAUAAUAAUUUUGUUUGGCUGAAACAAAGUUGUCAAUUAAUUAAGAUACAAUGUAGAUAUUUAGAAACUCACUGCUUCAAACAGCCAGCAGCAGUCAUUAAAAAGGGAGUAAAACCCUGUAUUUCAUAAUUGUCUAUAAAUAAAUUGAUUUCCUCAUGUCCUUUUUCUCCUAAUGUCAGAUCAUAAUUUCUUAAUGUCGAAUCUGGACACACUAAUGUAAUUUUCACAAUAAGGUUAUAGGGGGUUGAGAAGCUGAAUUGUACAAACUCAUUUAGGAGAGGGUGCAAAAAAUGUACAGGGGCUUGAGUAGUAUGAAAAUAUGACUUUCUUAACCUAGCAAUAAAUGUUGUGUCUUUGUUUUAACAUUUUCUUGUUUAUAGGUCUCUUGCAAGUUAAUGUCAUGUGGUGCUGACUUUGCAAAAUCUAAGUUUACAUUAUCUUUUCAAGAUUGUUAUGUAUAACAUUUUACACUAUUUCCCCUAGCAGACGUUAGUGGUUGUUGUGGGUGUGGCCUAUUCGUUUGAUGUAUCUUGUUUACUACCGCCUUUCCAAUUAAACCUUGUAAGACUGCCUCCUAGUAUUUUAUAGAAUGUUUGCGAUUGUUCUAGAAAUGUAAACAAAUGCUGAGUACCUUCUGGAAGGCAGGGCUUACGCGUCGGUAGACCCACCUAUAUAAGGGACGGAGAUUCAGAUAGAUAUUAUUAACUUUACGAGGCGUGUAUUAUUCUUUGUGUAUUUGUGUGCUCAUGUGUUAUUUCUCAUUUCACCAUUAUUCAUUGGCACAUUAUACUAACUGUGUUAACUGUGUACCGGUACAAGAUCUACCAUAUUGUAAGUUGAAGAUUGUCAUUAUAUUUUCUUUUCUUUUGUAAUUACAUUAUUAAUGAUUAAUACUUAUUAAAUCUUAUUAAUUGUAACUAGAAACUGUUUUGGGUGUCCUAUCUUUAAUAUUGUUGACUCUAUGAUAUCGUCCUUUGUUCGGCACUGUUUACAACGAGCCAAUUAAAAUAGGAGAUUAAUUUCUCAAAUUAGAAGCCAAUGCGUAACAAGAUAUAUUUAUUGAUAAAAAUGAUGGUUGUCUUUAAAAUGUUUUCUUGUUAAAAUGGCAAAAAUACUUUGACGUAGAGCUAAACUCUUCAAGAAGGAAGAGCAUUUAAGUAUAACAAGGUUAGGGAAGUUUCUAUUCCUGCCUCAAAUAAAAUAUGAUUUUGUGUGUGAGAAUAUUUUUUUAAUUUGUUAUUUAAAGGCCCCUUGUGAGGCUGAAGCCCAAUGCGCUGCCCUUGUCAAAUCAGGAAAAGUCUUUGCCACUGGAACAGAAGACAUGGAUUCAUUAACAUUUGGCUCAAAUGUUGUUCUUAGGCAUCUAACAUUCAGUGAGGCAAGGUAAGGAUUAGUUUGAUUCUGAAUUGAUCAUUUUUUCUGACAAGGAUUACAAUAUUCCCUGCAUCACUAUACAUCAGUCUUCUGAGUGUCAGAAUAUGGUUAUAGUAUGCAAUGCAUGCCAUGAUCUAAGAUUCUAAUUCCAGAUAAAAUUGACAAAAUCUCUGUCAGUAAUGCUAAUAAUAAAAAUUUUAUGACCCAUUCAUUAGCUUGCAGGUGAUGAGCAAAACUUAAAUUUUACUUUAAUUUUCACAUUUUUAAGCAAGUUAACUUAUAGAAUUAAGAAAAUGGUGACUAAUGCUCUCUCUAAGCCUGUGGUCAGCAACUUUUUCUGAGUGAAAUAUGAACUCUUUCAAUGCGGAACAACGCCAACUGCGUUCAUCUGCCGUUCUCAAAAGCACGGACCAACACGCUGUGCGUUGUUUCAAUAUCAUGUUUGUUUCUUUGCUAUUUCUCGGUUAAACUUUUUAAGAGCUAUUUUUAAAUAGGACUUUUACAUAGAGGAGUGGUACUUCAUUGUUUAUUGAGCGAAACCAAGGGUUAUUUGUUGUCAUUUUUAGCAUUAUUUUAAUGAUUUUCUUCGCUUUUUUUUUCUUCUGUUGCUAUGGCUACUCUAGGCCCUAGUAGGUGAGUUCCCUAGACGAUUAACAGCUCAAAAAGCUUUGGAAUUUUUUAAAACUAUUUCUUUUGAUAGAGAAGAUGAUUUAUAUUUAGAUCCAUCAGAUGAUUCUGAUGGUAGUAGUUGUAGAGGAAUUGAGUUCUAGAAGUGAAGAUGAGGUACACGUACAUCAUAGGGUUUGGUGAAAAAAUGGUUUAGCAAAAGAAAUUUUAACAUUUUAUGGUUCUUUGCUGUGACUUAUUUAAACUGAAGAAAUAAGUUUACAAACAUAUAGUCCUUUCAAUUAUCUUUCAUUUGAUACCAAGUUUAGUCUUAAACCAAAGAAUAAUAUUUUAAAUAUUUUUUUAAUAAACCCAACCUCUCACUCUUUUUUGCUCUCCGAAAAAAAAAGUAAAUUUUUUCGAUAAAAAAAAUUCCGCAGCGAAAGAGUUGAGGGAACUGCAUGCAGGGGCUGAUUGUAUAAAUGGCUGCAAGUAUUCAUUCAGAGAGCAACAUGCUGCUCUGGGACUAGAGGUUGCUAACAGCUCCUCUAGGCUGGGCACAUGUGUCAAGACCAAAAAAAAAAGACCAGGGCACAACCAUUAAGGACUUGUGCAUUAAAUGUUAAAAUUUUGCAAUGCCAAAAAGUGUAAUAUACAGUUUACUUGAAUGCUAAGCAAGUCUAAAGACUGUACUUAAUUUUGUUGAUCCCUGCCUCAUAAAAUUUAAUAAACCAUCAAUUGGCAGCUAAUUUUAAUUUUAAAAAAACUUUUGUUCACAGAAAAUUACCAAUCAAAGAAUAUCAACUAAGUAAAAUUUUAGAAGAUCUUGGUUUGACACAAGAUGAGGUAAGGAUAAUUUGUAAUAAUUUUAAUAUGCUUUUACUUAGAUUAAAACUAUGAACACAAGUUAAAAUUAUUUCUCUUCUUUUUUCCUUGCUGCUGAAACACUUUGCACCUUACACUUACAGCCUUUACACACUUUUAUACUGCCUUAACAAAAGUAAUGUCCUUUCAUUUGUUAAUUGAUAUUACUGUAAGAUAUUUAUUACUCCAGUUUAUCGACUUGUGCAUACUGUUGGGAUGUGACUACUGUGACUCAAUCCGGGGUAUUGGACCUAAGCGAGCCAUCGAGUUAAUCAAACAGCACAGAAGUAUUGAAGAAAUUAUCAAACAUCUUGACAAAAAGGUAAGCUUUAAUCAUUGUUCCUCACGAGUUGUGUAGUGCAUUGGCCAAUGACUGAUGACAAUUUAAUAAACAAAUGUAUUCAAUUUUAAAAAAGUCUUUAUCAUCUAAAUUAUUUUAAUUAAAAUGAGGAACUAGUCCAUUUAAAGUUACAGCACGUACGAUUUUUAACUUUGUUAGAUAUUAUUACAUAUGCCAUAUUUAGCCUUGCUAUUAAAAUUUUUUAAAAGUUAGAAAUAAUUAAAAAUAAAUAUCAUUCUCAAAUUGAUUUGAGCGAUUGUUAAUUUUAACAAUUUUAUUUUUUUCACCAGAAAUACGUUAUUCCGGAAGACUGGAUGUACAAGGUAAAAAAAAAAAUCAACUUUUGUUAUGGCGUAGAGAUAAAAUGUAACUUUUAGUUUCAAUGAUUUAAAGGCCUAUAUAAAACAAAAAAAAUUUGUAGCUUGCAAAGAAAAGUUUUUAGUUAAUAUUGGAACCAAAACAGAAAAUAUUUGUUUCAGGAUGCAUUACGGUUAGUGUACCUGUUUUAUAAAUUAUGCUGUAUAUUUUUUUAAAAAAAAUUUAAAAAGUCAGGAUUUGUAAACAAAUCUUUAGACAUUAUAAUAUAAUUUCAUUAUUUUUGGUAAUAAAAAAAAAAAAAACAGUUAUCUUUUUCAAAAUGCGAUUAGAGUUGAGUUCAACAUGCUUAGUAUGGCUUAUAAUUCUUUUACAGGAAGCCAGAAAGUUGUUUCAAGAACCAGAAGUUCUGGAUCCUGCAGAAAUUGAGGUCAGUUGUGUUAAUCCUUCAUAAGGAAUUUUUCCCCUCAUGUUUCGGUGGAAGUAAUUAUAUUGACUAGUUUCUGUCAGAUGCUAAACUUAAUAAAUCCAUGUUCCAAAAGUAAUUCAGAUUUUCAAAUCAAGUAUAAUUUAAUUAAUCAGGUUCCCACAUUAAUAAAAAAUGGAUGGUCUUUGAUAAUUAUAAUACUAAAGGCGAAGAAAUUCAUAUCAACACGAGAUAGAUUUGUGAAUUGUGCUGUUAUAGAGAAAAGAUAAGAGAAAAUAACUUUGUUUUCUUGAAUAAAAUCACACCUUUAAAGUAAAGCUAAAAGUCUGUAACACAGAAGCUGUGCGUUAGUAGUCUGGCAACAUUUAAUGUGUGGAAAUGAUUUCAUUAUCAAUCAAGAUUAUCUUAAAUGCAUAAUCAGGGGUCAAAAAUCAAAAUCUACAUUCAGGGGGCAUACUCAAGUGAAUUUCAGAUUAGACAAAGCCUAAGACAGGGAGGCUCACUGUCUUGUAUGCUAUUUUACCUAACAUUAGAGAGAGCUAUAAGAAACAUGCAUGUUGACACCUGAGGAACAAUAGCAGGGUACUUUCUGAGGAAACCUAAGACCCACAACCAAUAGGUACUCUCUACAAUCAACCCCUUCAGUAUCUUGUAUAUGCUGUUAUGGAACAGUAGUAAAGACGUAUCAAGAGCUUUUAUUGAAUAAUAAGACAUAUCUCUAUAAACGGGCUGGAGGUUAACAGCCAUAAAACAAAAGACAUGACUAUGUUAAGAGAAGAACAGAGGGAUGAAGCAAUUAAAAUUAGAAACCACACUUUUGGAAAAAGUAAAUCAAUUCAAAUAUCUAGGAUCUUUAUUAAAUAAAAAAAUGAAUAUGAUAAUAAUUAGAUCUUUGGAUUUAAAAAAUGGGUCUUUGAAGGUUUGGGAGAAGUUUGUGAAUUCUGGACCUUGAAGUGGAACUGCCAUCAGGUUAACUUGAUUUUUUUUUUUAUUAAUGUCUUUUAUAUAUUUCAGUUGAAAUGGAAUGAUCCAGAUGAGGAAGGCCUAGUGGAGUUUAUGGUUAACCAGAAAAAUUUUAAGUAAGCAUUUCUAAUUUUACUAAUACAACUUUUUAAUUAAUUUCGAAUUUUUUUUUUGUUUCUUGUUUUGUAUCCUGAAGAAGGCAUUCAGCCAAAAUAUCCUUUUGAUUGUACUGUCUUUUCAUUUCAAGCCUAAGCAUAUCUCGUUCAACCAUUUGCUGUAGUUGUAUUUUUGUUAUUUACUUCUUUUUUAUUUCACAUCUCAUAUGAUUAACAUAUUAUUAUAUAUUUAGUGAGGAGAGAAUACGGAAUGGUGCCAAAAAACUAUUAAAGUCAAGACAAGGAACAACUCAGGGCAGAGUGGACUCUUUCUUCUCUGUAGUGUCAACAUCUAAAACGUCUAAAAGAAAAGUAAGUUAAAAGGCAUCAAAGUAUAUAUUAUUUAUCCUGUAAUAGGACCCCCCCCCCCCAACGGUUUUCUAAUUAAAUCAUUAAUCAAAUUAAAUGAUUUUGCAAAAAAAAAUUUUUAAAUUUGAAUAUGCAACUAAUGCAAGUUACAUUGAAAUAGCUCAGUCUAUUUAUAUAUACAUUUUAAAAAAAUAGUUCUCACUUAUUCUGUUUUACAGGCAGAAGAGCCAAAAGGUCAACAAAAAAAGAAAGGCAAAGGAACUUUUAAAAAGGGAAAAUGAGAUGUUUCUUUUACAUAAUCCAUAAAGUUCAAAUGGCAGUGCUGCACAAUUGUGUUUUUUUUUUAAAGUAGCAAGUAAAGAUGGAGAAUUUUGAACAAAGUCACUCUUUCCCUGUUUGUAUAGUUUUUAAAAAGUAUAUCAAAAUGCUUUUGUCAGCAACUGUGUCUGUACCUGUUGUAAAUUAUUUGAGAAAUCAUUUGAAUGUUACUUUAUU